GUCAUCCUCUGCAUUCCAUCUCAUAGCGCCUCGAUAUGUCUUCCGGUGUUCAGCCCGCUCCCGAAUCCCUCGAGGCAUUCCAAGAACUCAAACAAGGGAAGAAAUUGAAAUACAUCAUCUACAAAUUAUCCCCUGACUAUCGUUACAUCGUCGUUGCGAAGAAAUCGGAGAGCAAGAACUUUGACGAGUUCAUCGCCGACUUGCCUGAGAAAGAAUGUUUAUGGGCUGUGUACGACGUUGAGUUCACUUUGGCGGGCGGAGAAGGUAUCAGGAACAAGUUGACCUUCAUCUCUUGGACCCCAGACGAUGCGCCGAUCAAAGCUAAAAUGCUGGGUGCUUCAUCCAAAGACGCCAUUCGUCGUCGGCUAGACGGUAUCCAAAUCGAAAUCCAAGCUACCGACUACAGUGAAGUGACGUGGGAAGCCAUCCUCGAGAAAGCCAAUCGACGAUAAAUGCAGAUGCAGGUGCCAGUCAUACUCAAUCCUACCACUGUUCCAGCUGGCUAGAUACCUGAAUAUACCUUCAUGACCCCUUUGUCGUCGAAUGCUGCCGUGC